GUAGUCAUAAUCAUUCAUUUUUGUACAGCGUAUACGUACAUGUGUGCAGUACUAGUGCUUGCAUGCAUCGUGUAGACCCUGUUUGUAGAUUUUGAGAGCACGCGUGACCCGAAUCCUACUGUAGCUUCCGACAGAAGACAAUGGCACGAGGAAAACGCGGAACAAGAGGCAGAGGUCGUGGGACUGGGAAAGCCAAAGAAGCUGCUGAGAAUGAGAUUGCCGAAGAAAACAUGGCUGAAGCUGGCGAUGGAGAACUCGAUGAAUUUGACGUCGAAGACAACGGUGAAGAAGACGGUGAAAAAACCGAAAUGGACGACUCUGUAGCUGAUGAAGAGCAAGGAGAAGUGGAAGCAGAAAAUGGGGAAGCAGACAAAACUGAAGCAGAGAAACCCAUAGAAGAUGUCCAGCAGUCGGAAGAAACACCAAUGGAAACCCAGGAAACCACCAAGGAUUCUGAAGAAGAGGAGAAGAAACCAGCAGAAAAGCCUGUUGAAGAAGAGAAAGAAGCCAGUACAGAUAAAACAGAGGAGGCUGCUGAAGACACUGAAGAGAAGACGCCUACAAGCGAAGAACCGAAGAAGGAAGGAGGAUCAAAAAGGAAGAGGAAGAAGGAGCGUACGAGGCCGUAUGAGCUAGAGAAGUACUGGAAGGCUGUGAAGACAAACCCUGCAGACUUCACUGGCUGGACAUACCUGCUGCAGUAUGUGGAGCAAGAGGAUCACAUGCCAUUCUACCGUGAAGCUUUUGAUGCUUUCUUCAAGUGUUAUCCAUAUUGUUACGGUUACUGGAAGAAAUAUGCAGACUCCGAGAGAAAGAAGGGUACCAUUGAGAGAUGCUGGGAGGUGUUUGAACGUGGGUUGAAGGGCAUUCCUCUAAGCGCCGAUCUCUGGCUGCAUUACAUCAGUGUGACGGGUCAACAAAUUCCUAGGUCCGAUGACACCAGAACAGAAAAGCUUAGGGCUCUGUAUGAAAGGGCGCUUGACGUUGCUGGAAAGGACUUCAGAUCAGACAAACUGUGGGACCAGUACAUUAACUUUGAGAAGAAAGAACAGAAGGAUUGGAAGAGAGUCAUGCAACUCUACGAUAGAAUCCUCAAGAUCCCUACCCAACUCUACAGACACCAUUUUGACAAACUGAAGGAGUUUGUCCAAGCCCAUCUACCCAAGGAAUACUUAGACUUUGAUGAGUUCCUCAACUUCCGAGAACAGGUGGUAGCAGAGGCGGGUCCAGAGGAAGUGGAUGAUGAUGCCAUGAUACCGGGUGAAGAUGCCCCACCCGGAGAGGAAGCGCCCCCUGGUGAAGAAGCACCUCCCGGUGUUGGGCCACCAUCCACAAGGGUCAUAGAGGGAGAGAACAAGCUUAUCCAGGAGAAAGUGAUAGAGUCUCGUCGAGUUGUUUUCAGGAAGACUGAACAAGAAGUGAGCAAGAGAUGGGCCUAUGAAGAAGCGAUCCGUCGUCCCUACUUCCAUGCCAAGCCACUAGAGAAAGGACAGCUGAAGACGUGGAGGGAAUACUUGGAGUUUGAGGAGACCACUGGUAGCCAUGACAGGACUGUCCUGCUCUAUGAAAGAUGCCUGAUUGCAUGUGCUCUCUAUGAAGAGUUCUGGAUCAAAUAUGCUCGAUUUAUGGAGAAGACGAGUCAGGAAGCAGCAUCAGAAGUGUUCAAGAGAGCUUGUGGUACCCAUCUUCCUUCUAAACCAGCCAUUAACAUCCAGUGGGCAGCUUUUGAGGAGAGAUAUGGAAACAUUGAGCGAGCCAGGGAGAUCCUAGAGCAGCUCCAGGUCAAGCAGCAAGACUCUGUCAUGAUCCGUCUAGAACGUAUCAACUUUGAACGUAGAGCAUGCAAUCACGAGGAGGUCAUCAGGCUCUAUGAGGGGUGUAUUGAUGACGCUAAGACAGCCACAGGACAGUCUUUCUUUGCAGGAAAACUUGGAAGGUUUUAUCAAAAGGUCCUUGGAGAUACUGACAAAGCUAUUGAGGUGCUGGAGAAGGUCUUGAUUCAGAAACAGGUGAGUCCAGUGCUGAAGGAGCAGAUCUAUACCCUCAUCAUGGAUGUGGAGUAUCAGAGGUCGCCCCUCAACGAAGAGAAGAUGACGGCACUCUUCGAUACGGUCAUCUCAAGCAAUCUACCCCAAGACGUCAAGAUUCAGUUUGCUCAGCGCAGGAUCCAAUUUCUCCAGGACUUUGGUAGCAACCCUGCAGCAACCCAUGAUGCUGUAGAUGAGCAUCAGAAAUUGGUCAAGAACAUCUCUUCUAGCAAGAAACGCUCGGCCGAUUCCAGUGGGGAUGCCCCACCAACAUCAAACACUGCUGCAAGCGACACCAAAGCACCAGAGAAGAAGAAAGCCAAGACAGUAGGAGGAGGAGCCAACAACCAGACUGAUAAAAAUUCCAGUGGUUCAGGGUAUAACAACUAUAACUACAAUCAGCAGGCGACUGGGGCACAGGCGGCAGCAGCAGCACCAGCACCAGCAGCUAACACAGGACUGAGUGGAGCUGACUACCCGCCAGUAAGCUGGGAAAGCUGGGGUGCAUGGGGUGCUGCUCAGCAAUGAUCCACAUCAUCUGCCUGCCUGCCAUCAUCCUGUAGAGCAUUGGUCAAAGGCGUCUGAUGGCACACACUCCCACCACUUCAAUGAAAAGGACAUCAUGUAAAUCCAAAUCGUUUGGGAAGGACUGCAUUCAUGAAAGAUCAUGGAAGAUCAAAACUAUUUUAAUCAAGGUUAAAAGUGUUUUUGAUUAGUUAAUUGUCCUUGUUGUCACUGUUUUAUAACCAUUCAUUGAUGUACUGCUGUAAAAAAUUAUUGUUGCCUGUUAACCACUUCAAAUACAUUUUUUGUCAGUCUUUACAAUCUCUUUAUUACAGUUUUGACAUCUAAACCAAUUAUGAGGUACUAUUUGUAUUUGUUCAAUUUUAAAUCAGUUACUAUAUUUCCUAAUCAGGUUUGAGUUGAAUUAAUCCUAUGUAUGUCAGGGGAAAUUUAGAAUUGAUGCUGCAGGAUUAUCAUUUGAUUUGCAUAUUACCAUUUAUGGUUUGCCAUGUCCAUCUGGUGCAUAUGGAAGAAAGACAACCUUCGAGAUGGAUCCCACAUGUAGUACUGUUCAAACUUACCUGAGUCUCUGUUGGGCUUGGAGACUGGAUAGCCAAAUACAUGUUUUGCAACAAAGAGCUGACGUGUGAAAAAAGGAUGUGCUGAUGUCAAUUUUCAACUAGAAUUUUACAGCGGCAGUUAUUCAUAACUGAAGGAAAUUCAAGGAAUAAUGUAUUUCAUUAAUCCUUUCAUUAUCUAGCUGCUUUUGUUCUGUACAUGAAUCAUUGCUUGACAAUUAGAAAAGAUAUUGAUUUGUGUAGUCAGUACUUACGUGUGACAAUGAAACCUGUCUUAUUAUCUAUGAUGCUGAAUUGUGAAGAAGAAACAAAUUACAUUCCUUUUUUUUGUUUUUUGUUGUUGUUAGAAAGAUGUUGUUUUAAAGAGUUGGUAUGUGUAUUCGGUAUGCAGAAUUCAAAUUGGUAAUCUUCUAUUGUUUCUAAAUCAUGGUGUAAGGGUUGUUAGAAGUACCCUUUAAAUGUAAGAAGGCAUAUUCGAGCUACAUCAGCUCCUGCCAUUUUGCCAUACACUUUACAGUACAAAAUGGCCACUUUGCAGAAUGUAUUCUGAUGAUUGGUUUGACUUUGUAUUCCACAAUACACGGCCGAAUAUAUUGAGCAGCCCUCUGUCACGUGUAAAUGCAUUUUUUUCCUAAGCCAUGUCCAUUUUUCUUUUAAAAUGUUGGAAAUGGUGUACAUGGAAUGGAUUCUUCAAAUACAGAUUUUCCACCAAACAUAUUUUGAAGAAAUGUAUUCAUGUACAUUUUCAUAUUUUAAUGUUUUGUUGAAAAUAAGUAUGAAAGUGUGUAUCUUGUCAUUUUCAUGACAAUUCAUUUUUACUCGCCUAGAAAUGGAUUUUAGUUACUAAGACAUCUUGUAAAUAUUCUAGUCAAUAAGUCAGAUGUAAAGCAUUUUUUGCAUGUUCAGCUUCACAACAUCUUGUUUUCUUGUGAGAUUUCAAGUCAUGGUAAUUAGCACUGAUUAUGUUGUUGUUAUUGGUUGCUCAUUUUGUGAUGAGGAAAAUAAAUUUUUGUAAAGAACCUCAA